UGGCACGGCGAGGAGAUGUGGCGCCGAACCCCCAGGGCGCCGCGCCGGGGCCGGGGCGGGCCGGCAGGAAGCGAGCGCGGCGCCGCGCUCCCGGAAGCGGUUGGGCGGCCGCAGCGUCUGCGGGCGGCGAGGGGCGGUGCUGGCUGUCCCGCACGGCGCGACGGGCGCGGGGCGCAGGGCACAGACGCGGCCCGGCCCGGCCGCCCCGCAGCCCGCGAUGCCCUGGGACCGCCGGCCACGCCGCGGGGCAUGGUGAGCCCGGGGCGGCCGCUCCCUGCGGGGACCCGGCGGGCGGCCUCGCUGCUCCGCUUCAGCCUGCUGCUGCUGGUGCUGCCACGGGGCGCCAGGGCGCAGAAAGGUGAUGGAUGUGGGCACACCGUUCUGGGCCCUGAAAGUGGAACUCUUGCUUCGAUAAACUACCCACAGACCUCUCCCAACAGCACAGUUUGUGAAUGGGAAAUUCGUGUAAAGCCUGGGCAGCGAGUUCAGCUCAAAUUUGGUGAUUUUGAUAUUGAUGACUCGGAUUCUUGUCAUUCCAGUUACUUAAGAGUUCACAAUGGGAUUGGCCCCACAAGGGCAGAGAUAGGAAAAUACUGUGGGUUUGGCUUUCAAAUGGAUGGUUUAAUUACUUCAAAAAGUAAUGAAGUCACAGUACAGUUCAUGAGUGGAACACACACUUCUGGACGUGGAUUUCUUGCAGCUUAUUCAACCACUGACAAAUCAGACCUAAUUACCUGUUUAGACAAUGCAAGUCAAUUUUCCGAACCAGAAUUCAAUAAGUACUGUCCAGCUGGAUGCGUGAUUCCUUUUGCUGAUAUUUCAGGCACUAUUCCCCAUGGAUACAGAGACUCGUCAUCACUUUGUAUGGCUGGUGUUCAUGCAGGCGUCGUGUCAGAUACGCUGGGUGGCCAAAUCAAUGUUGUAAUCAGCAAGGGCAUUCCAUACUAUGAAGGCUCCCUGGCUAACAAUGUCACCUCAAAAGUGGGACCAUUAUCUACAAGUCUCUUCACAUUUAAGACAAGCGGUUGCUAUGGGACACUAGGGAUGGAAUCCGGGGUAAUCCCUGAUUCCCAGAUCACGGCAUCAUCUAUUCUGGAGAGGUCUGACCCAACAGGACAAGUGGACAUGUGGAAACCCGAAAAUGCCAGGCUAAAAAGGGUUGGUCCUCCUUGGGCUGCUUUCAUCAGUGAUGAACAUCAGUGGUUGCAGAUUGACUUGAAUAAAGAAAAGAGAGUAACAGGUAUUAUAACUACUGGAUCGACCUUAGCAGGGUUCUACUAUUAUGUCUCAGCCUACAGAAUUUUGUACAGUGAUGAUGCACAGAAAUGGACAGUAUACAGAGAACCUGGCAUGGAUAAAGAUAAGGUAUUUCAAGGGAACACUGAAUUGUACCAGGAAGUUCGCAAUAAUUUCAUUCCACCUAUUAUUGCACGCUUUUUUAGGAUUAACCCCUUAAAAUGGCACAAGAAAAUUGCGAUGAAAGUAGAAUUGCUAGGAUGUCAGUUUAGUAUAGGGCGUGCUCCUAAAAUCACCAUGGCACCGCCACCUCCGAACAAGAUUGACAAGAACGAUGACUGUAGUGAAGACUUUAUUCAUUCAGUGAAGACUUCAUUGCAGACAGACAAAACAACUUUCACACCUGAAAUAAAAAAUACCACAGUGACUCCAAGUGUAACCAAAGAUGUGGCAUUGGCAGCAGUUCUGGUUCCAGUACUGGUGAUGGUCUUCACUACUCUGAUUCUUAUCUUAGUUUGUGCGUGGCAUUGGAGAAACCGCAAGAAAAAAACUGAGGGCACUUAUGAUCUGCCUUACUGGGAUCGUGCAGGAUGGUGGAAAGGAAUGAAGCAGUUUCUCCCGACCAAAUCAGCAGAACAUGAAGAAACUCCUGUACGCUACAGCAGCAGUGAAAUUAGUCACCUAAGACCAAGAGAGGUCCCAACAAUGCUGCAAACAGAGUCUGCAGAGUAUGCUCAACCACUGGUAGGGGGAAUUGUCGGAACACUUCAUCAGAGAUCAACUUUUAAACCAGAGGAAGGAAAAGAAGCAAGUUACGCCGAUUUGGACCCUUACAAUUCACCCAUACAAGAAGUUUACCAUGCAUAUGCUGAACCACUACCUGUAACUGGACCAGAAUAUGCAACUCCAAUAGUCAUGGACAUGUCCAGCCACGCCAGCACACCUCUUGCCGUUCCUUCAAUUUCCACAUUCAAAGCUGCAGCAAAUCAAGCUCCUCCACUGGUUGGAACUUACAAUAAACUCUUAUCUAGGACAGACAGCACAUCAUCAGCACAGGUGCUGUAUGACACACCAAAGGGGCAGCCAGGGCCAGGUGUCACUGCUGAAUUGGUGUACCAGGUACCACAGAGUGUGGCCCAUUCCACUGGGAGCAAGGAUGAAGCAAAUUAGCUCACAAGUCAGGCAGAAUGAUGGCUUGUUUUUAAAAGCCAGUUCCAUAAAGUUGACAGUUUCAUUUUUUACUCGCAUUGUUUUGAUAUUGUUAGUCUUAACUAAUACAAUGGUGAAUCAAAAGAUGUGGUAUUGGAGUAGGGAAACCAGUAAUUCUGCCUUUCAUUAAGCUGUAUAUAUAAUUAACAGCUUGUCUCCUGCAAAAUGGUGGACUUCUUUAUUACUACUGUACAAUUGUCUGUCAGACACGGGAGAAGAACUCUUCAAGAUCAACUUCAGUAAUUCAUAGAUGUGAAUGAUAUAUUGGGAGAAACCAUUUAAAGUACAAAAGCCAAGAAUUUCUUGCUAUUGAUAGUAUUUCAGGGCAGGGCGGUGGGGUGGGGUGGGUGGGGAACAGACACCAAAACCCAAAGCUCCUAACUUUCUAAGAUCUAUAUGUAAGCUCUACAGCUUCUAAAAUUCGUUUUACCCUACAAAAUACCUACACAACUUUGGACUUUAAAAACUACUAUCAGUCAGGACUGAUGGCAAAAAUCCCAUUAACUUCAUGGCAUAUGCUCACUUUGAUUCUAAUUAUGUUAUUUUAGCUUUUGUUCACAGGAUUAGGGAAUCAUCAGCUGUGUGUUCCUUAGAGGGUUCCUGUCAUUUCUGUUACCCUUCCAAAACCGGAAUCUGCUGCCUGUACAGUCUGUUUCCUGCCUCAUCUCCUUAAGCCACUCAGUCUUGUUCAUUCCUAGGGAUCCAGGAGGCAUGAAGUCAUCUAAGCACACUACGUAGCAACUGCUUUUUACAUACUGCCGUACUAAGGGACAGCUACUCUGAAUAGUAUCUGCCUUGAAUUCAGACUUCCCUGAUGGUCACUGUGCAAGAAGCAUCCAGGUGGUCAAGGUGACCGAGGCUCCCUCUCUGCCUACCUUGCCCUACCUCCCUGCCCCCUGGUUGGUAUCUGUUGUUGUGUGUUAAAAUGGGAGCUUAGGCAAAGAGGAAUGUGUAUAUACUUUUGUGAGUGCUUAAGGAAGCACAUAAAUAUUCUAAUGGUGCACAGUUUGUGUUACACACACAUUUAGCACAUAUGGUACGUUUCAGCACAACUGAAAAACCUUAGCCUUAGGAGGCUUUUCUUAUUAUUGUUCUUAUUAGAAGUACAAAAGAUUCUAAAACCUUUGCAUGAGAAGCAGUACUGUUCCAAAGAGUGUCCAUUUCAGAAGCAUUUAAUGGAAUUUGCAUCCUUUGAAUGUUCCAGUGUGUUCCCUACUAUGAAAACAUUGCCAGAAGACUGAACACAGUCUUCCAUUUGGGGUAAUGUAGACUGGUUUUAGCUCGGUAAUCAAAAAAUGAAACAGUUCAGAUGUUGUAUUUGCCGUUUUUGUCUUAUUAGAAACAAAGCACAGCUUUUUAACCUAAGCAGUAGAAAAAACCCCACAAUAAAAAUGCUUUAUUGUAACAACAGCACUGUUGGGAAGAUGCUGAAUUAAAUUACACCUACUCCCUACCUACACAUUAGCCCAGUUUUAUGGCCUUCGGUGGUUACUCUUUGUUUCUGCGAUGUAACUCAACUCAGCCUUGUUUACUGCCCGGGGUCCUUAAGCUAGCUGGAGAACAUCCAGAUUGGAAGUAAAACACUGAGGACUGCCACUGUAUCUUUAUACUAGAGCAGUAUCCUAAUCUAACACUUGAUCAUUUGUUUGCACAGGGGGGCUAUAGAUAAACUCAGUAAUCCAGAAUUACUUGUGGCCUGCUAGAAUAUGUUAUUAUAUGCUCUGUGCUACCUUAAAACCUAAUUCUACAUUUUUUUCAUCAUUCAUUGAGAAUGAUUUUUUUGUUGUUGUUUUUUAGAAUUGGGUGCCUAAGACCAAAUGUGAAUGUAAGUAAGGGUGGUAUAUAAGACCCAUUCAUGUAAAAUGAAUUCCUGCCUAUAGUUUUACUUUUGAUGUUAUUGCAACUUUUUCUGCUUGAUAGACCGAGUUUGCAAUCUUUGUAGUUUUGCUUAAACAGGUAAGAAAUGUUCUUACCCAUCAGCAGCAACUACAACUUUGAAAUUAUCAGAGCUGAUUUUGAGAGGGGUGGGAGGUCAUUUGUUUGCAUGAAGAUGUGGCAUACUUAUUCCAGCCAAGUUAAGAAACCUCUGCAUUCUGAAACUGUACCAGUUUAGGCUUAGAAACAUUAAUCUGCCAUAAAAAUAAAUGGAUGUAUUAAAGUCAGUAAAAUUAACAUGCCUGGAUUUAAUUUUUACUGUAGGCCAGGUAUGGUAGAACUGUGGAUGUACUGCAGGCUAAGAUGGUAUAAGGAUUAAACAGUUUCUCUACAGUGGGUCAUUUUUUAAGCAACCAUAAUGCAGCUUCAUUAUCUGAGCAGCAUAAGCUGUUGACUGGGGUGGAUGCUUUUAAGUCCAUUUCUGAAAGAAGUUGGGCUGAAGUUUUGCUCCCUGCGUUCAGCUUUGAACACAUUAUCUGCUAGGGCUAAGAAGAUAAAUUUGAAUAUGUAACAGUGGGGUUUAAAAUGUAUGCUACAAAUUUAAAUAUUGAUCCCCAAAUGUAAGUUGCAUGACACACGUAAGAUCAGCAUUCUUCUGUUUCCAGUAGGUGCAGAGGUACAUAUAAUCGGUUUGUCUUAUGCGUGAAGACAUAUGCAUAUAAAAUGUAUUUCAAUCUUGUUUGACUCGAGUAUUCUCCCAGAAUGUAUGUUCUUACCUCAGCAUGUAUUGUAGUUGCUCAGUAUUUGUAUAUGUUGCUAGAACUUAGACUGUAAAAAUAGUGAGGGAGUUUUAUAUGUAUGUUUAAAAGUAUUUUAAAUAAAUUGUACAUAGGUAUUACUCAGUA